UUCUGUUUUUAAAAUAGCCAGUUCACAUUUAACACUCACACCGCUUGCAUUUACACUUUUCCAACAAAUAAGUUUUUACCCGAAUUUUGGUUUAUGUUCUUAAGAUUUUUAGCAAAACUAUAGAGUGAAAUUUUUUAUUUUAGAAUGGCUCUUGAAGAAACUCAAGACAAGCCGCUGAACUUUGUGUUCGAUGUGGUGUUUCCCAAUUUGGAAUUGUUUAGCAGCAAAAUCAAGGAGCCGUCAGAGGUGGAAAUGCAGGUGAAGUUUUUAUCUUUUAGCUGUAGGGUCACCGGAAGCCGACUUAAUGUUACUGAGUUUGUGAACGGCCGGACCACUGAAUUUUUGGCGACUGCAACAGAGGUGCGUCGCAACUUACAGGAUCCUGGAAUAAUGUGCCAGGCCCGCUACCAGGGUUCCACUCUAGGCAGUGCUUCCUUCAUUUUGCCGGACACAGUUGUCGACCAGAUCUACGCCAACAUGCAUGAUCUUAUAUACCAGGGCACCAUCCAGCUCAUGAGCCGAAUCACGCAUAUCGGCAAUGCCACAGUUUUGAUCAUUUUCAGGACCAAAUGCGAGGAGAUUCCAAAUUCAAUCCCGGAAACAAGAUUGGAUUCAAAGGGACAGGUCCUACGACUUCCAGAGAACAAGCCAGAAGCCAGUACUCUGGGCACAACCUUUAACCAGCAGGACAUUCUUUUUGUCGUUGGUGACCCUGAUCCGCUCCUAAAGAUUCCCUCGGAACCGUGCUCGGAACUGGCACCGGAGGAAGGCGAUCCCCGACUUAAGCUGGACUUGGCAAGAUAUGCCAGCUUGAAGAAUCGACGGGCCAUUUUUCCAGACGAUGACCCCUGUCCUAAGAUGAAGCCGUCGUUUACCACGCUCAAAAAGCUUACCCGGCACUACUCGCAAAUUAUAGACUCUAUUUCGGAGAAAAUAAAGUCAAUGGAUUGUCAACCGCUCCCACCCAGUUCAGUGCCUACCACUGAACCACCCUCGGAAUGGACGAUUCCCUCGAACAAGUUUCCCUUUGAAGAGAUAAAAGAUGACGGAGACCGGUGGAUCCCAAUGCCCAUCCGACCCAAAGAUGACUACGGCGUGGAGCCUAUACGCUUUUGUCCCGUUUGCUUGCACAGAAUGUCCUGGAUGCCGAAGUAUGCGCCGUGUCCCAGGUGCCUAACCAAGGCGCGUCCUGUGCUGGAAGGACACCUACGUAAAAUACUGACUGCCGAAGAGAUCAUGGCCGAGCAGCUGAAGAAACCAGUGCCCCCUCCUGGAGCUGAGGACUUUUGUUCGCGUCCCUGCGACACUGCAUUGCGCCAAAAGAAUGCUAGGGAUCGUAAUGGCACGGAUCAACAGGACCCAGGCUCUGACGAAGAGUGCGCACCGUGCCGGUGCACCUGCCGCGCGGGAAAUUUUUGUGCCCAUUGUCGCAUACGCGAGAUGUGCGCAGAUAUAUUUAACAAGGAAUCACCCGAGCUGAUAAAAAAACACUCGACCGUUCGACCACCAGAGCCGGGAUCUAGCGAAGAUUUUUGUGUUAUAGCUCAGUCCGAGGACGACUAUCGUCCGUAUUUGACAAGGGUGUUUUCUCAAUUGAACGAUCUUUAUAAGCUGCAUGACUCCCAGAAGAUAGAGGCUAUUCAGAAACGGUGCGAGUCCCAGACUCUAAUGACCCUUCACAUCAAGACCUCUAAAACCUCUAGCAAGGCAACGAUACCGUUUGACGGGCGCAUUCCGGGCAUUCCAGCGCCAUUCCACAUUGAGGCGGGUCACAAGAAAUGUGUACCAGAUAAAAAACAAGUGCCUCGAAACCACGGCUGGAGCUGGCCGAAAUCCUGCGCGGCUCGAAAGCGGGGCUGGCGACCCGGUGCCAUUUUGAGGACAGCCGGCCACGUGAUGCGCUACUUCUUGACGAGGGACUCGCAACAAAAUAUCUGCCAGAUGGUGGUUGCCAAGCAUGAAGAGGAUGAGCGGAAUCGUCUGCCAGUCUUGAAUAUUACCAAGCGUUUUGGAGAGAUCUACGUGACCUUGAGACCUUUUCCCACAUCGGAAAUCAAACAAAAGCCCAUUGUUUUCCGAAUUGUAAAGAGUGAAUUGGCGGUGGCUUUGCGUGAAAUGAAACGAGCCCUUAAGGAUCAGGGUUUCCGGAAGUGCACUUGUCACCAGCCCCUGAUGCUUUGCGUAUGUCGCGAUGCUCUCGAAAAGUUCGUUCUAAAUAAGGCCCUGAAAAAGGAGUGCCAGAAACGACUAAUGGAGCCAUGCCCGGAGCACCUGGUACUGACCGAUACCAGUUGCAGUGACAUGGAGUUUGAAAUGGAUGUCAGCCCCCCUUGUCGGCCUAGAAGGAAAGUCCUAAGGAAGAAAAUAAACCACUGCACUCAGACAUCAAUCAAGGACAAAGAUCCUCCGCCACGGAAAUACCCAAAGAGGAUUUCACCCUAUUACAAGCGUUUCGACUGCGCCGUGGGCGACCGCUACAUGGGCACGGCCAUGGGCCGGCCCGGCGAGGAGGUCUUCGAAGAUGGUCUCUUUGGCCUGUUGGGCGGCGGACCACAUGGCCCGAAUCUGAUGCCCUGCGGCAGACCCCGGCUGGCGGCUGCUUGGCCGAAAGGUGCUGCUUUCAAUGCAAUGUUUGGCGGAGGUCGUGGGAGUCGUGCACGUGCCCUCAGUGGCGUUAAGAGUGACUUACCCGGGGCAAAAAAGCUUUUCCCAAUAAAACCAACAGGUCCAAUUCCAGUUCGUUUUCCGAACCGGCUCCUCAAGCCGGCGCAGGAUGCUGCUAAGGCAGCCUUACAGGCGGAGAAGGAUGCAAUUAUGACGAAAAAGAAGGGCAUCGACAUGAUCAAGUAUCUGCAGAAGGAGGGCACUCUAACCCGGCCAUGGAACCCCGACGAGGGCAAAGACACCAGACCGAAGAAGAAGAAGAAAAACGGUCCUGAUGGGCUGACAGAUGGUCAGAGGAAGCUUUAGCUCCUCCUCUCGGCUCCGCGUCCUUGGCUCUGAUCGACUUAUAGACGCGGCAAGGAUACAAUACAUGCAACGAUUCUUGUUUCUAUCGUUGCGUUGAUCCUUGUCACUAUGAUUAUGUGAAGAAGACCUGGAUGGAUUCGGAAAAUACAUUCUAUAAGGGCUGCCCAAGAUGUCACGAAAAUGCAAGCAACAUUGAAACGCAAAUAAUUACAAGGCUGCAAUAAAUAAUAUUACAACCUUA